UCUGGCUCGUUCGGUUGUAUCGGGCGCCGAUCUCGGUGACCCUGGGGCGGACGUUUGGGCACAGUAGGGGCCUCUGCACCCUCCCCGAUGGAGACGAUGUCGUGAGGGUCCAGGGCGCGGGGAACGGUUCUGUUCGCGCCUGGCGCCGUUUUUGGCUCUUCCGCUCCAUGGGCUACGUCCUCGGCAAGCUGGAGUGCGAGCGGCUGUUCGCGAAGGCCGCCGCCGGGAGCGGGGGCCGCUGGGACGCCCUCGUCGUGAACCCGUCCGACAACAUCGGCGCGAUCCCGAGGGGAGAAACACGGGGACCAUGGCCAAGAUGCCGCGGGAUGUUGUCGAUGCCAAUUUUGGUCAUGGUCCAUGCCAGCCGUCGCCGAUCCGCGAGGACGGCCCGCGAAGUGACGUCUGCCAAGGUCGACGGUGACCAAGGUCGGCACGACGUUUCCUCGUUCAGUCUUGGUCGUGGUCCCCGUUGUUCUUCCCCGCCAGGCCCGAUUCUCUCGAGGCACCACGCGGAGGCCAGGGCGGCGUGGACGCCGUGGAACUGUACGCUCGCCAGGAUCCUCGAGGGGCGGCCCUUCCCGCAGAGCCACCGGCUGCAGCCCUGGUGGCCCGUGGACGUCCGCGACACCGCGGAGGCCCACGCGCUGCUUCUGGCCAGCGUGGCGGCGGCGCCUGGCGAGCGCUACUUGGUCUGCUCGGGCGAGGCGGUGCGCGUGGAGGAGCUCGCUGGCAUGCUAGCGGAGCUGCUCCCCGAGGCCGGCAUCGACCCAGCAGCGGGCCCGGAGGAGGCCGGGCUGGACCCAGCAGCGGAGGCGGAGCUCAGGGCGGCGUGGGCGGGGUGCGAGCUCCGCAACGGCAAGGUCCGGGCGGCCACGGGGCUUGCGUUCCGCCCCCUGGCGGACACGCUGCGGGGCGCGGCGGAGUCGCUCCUGGCGGUCGGCGGUCGGCGGCACCAAGUGGGUUCUCGAUGGCGGUGGUCGCUGUUUCUCCUCUGAGGUGAGCGCG